CGUCUCAUGUUGUGACUUUCUCUGUCUCAUCCAAGGAAAAUCUGUUUUGCAUCUCCCUGAGCACUUACCUAUAAACCUACCUAGAGGACCCUAGUGCUCUGCUCACGCGUAAGGAGGAUGCCAGUGGAAUCCACAAAAGAUGAGGGGGCCCCACAGAUGGAUGUUGGCACGUUGCAGCAUGAAGCAGGUUUGUCCCCAAUUGCUUCAACUGCAUCAACUCCUAGUGGUGAUCCUUUAACACCGAAGGCUAUAACUCCACUGCAGGAAUCUCCACCAGUGAGCCCUGAGAGUGAUACAAGUAGAGCACUGGUUUCAUCGUACCUGCAAGUUAAGGAAGAUGAUCGGCCUCAGCCAGAGGGAGCAAGCAGUGAAAUAUCUACAGCAGGUGGCAGAGCCAUUCUUCAGGUGGCCUCUGAAACUACAAAGGAGCCUGCCUUAGCUGAUGUACAGGAACCAGUAGAAGCCCACAGUGUAGUUGGUCCUGCCGUGUCUUUGACCACUGACACCCUUGAUACUAGAAUUGUAAUGGGAGAAGAGACUUCUUGCAGCACUGAAGAGACAGGCACUUUAAAUAUUUUGCAAUCUUGCACGGCUGAGCUUGAACCUGUUCCUUUGGAUACAAUGGAAGAAGAAGCAGCAGCGCUCUCAUCCAAUCACAAAGUUGAAAAAUCUGAGAGAGAUUCUGGGACAGAGAGUGACAAGGAAGUCAUUGUGCCUCAGUUUUCUGAUGAUUUGCACUUGGAAUACAAUGAAUCAAGCAGAGAGUAUACUCUGAAAGAAAGCUUCUUUACUCAGGGAGAAGCAUUAGCUGAUGUGCCUUCACUAUCUCCUGAGCCCACCAAAGAGUCACCCUGUAUUUGCACAGAGAGUGAGGUCCAGUCACUCAAACAUACAUAUAAUGUUGACUCAGAUCUAUACACCACUGCUCCUUCCACCCCUAUAAAAACCAUCUAUACACAGCUUAAGCAUUAUCCAUUCUCAAGGUAUAGCCAAAAUGAUGAUCAAAAUGACACUGAAAAUGAAAGCUUGUGUUCCCCUCCUACUUCACCAUCAGGCUCCUAUAUCACUGCAGAAGGGGGCAGUUGGACCUCUUCAAUUACAUCUAGUGGGUCGCCUUCUUGUUCUCCGAAUCUGAUGGCUGAAGCAGAUGCAAUGGAAGCACACAAUGCUUAUCCAGAUCCCCUGGAUGCUCAUGAGCAGGGUAUUUGUGAAGACCCAUGUUGCAUGUCCCCUGACAUUUUAGAUGAUGAAGAUAUUCCAGAACUGUAUAGUAGAAGUUUACAAUCUGAUAAUUUCUCUCUGGCAAAUGAGGCAGUAGCAGAUGGAUAUGAAAAUGAUGGCCAAACUACUGAAGAAGAAGAGGAUGAAGAAGAAGAAUGGGAAACAGACUUUGCACCUUCUUUUACUAGUAUACCCCUUUGUUCAGAGUAUGUGAAUACAGUCAUAUCAGAUUCUUUCUCCUCCCCUACCGUUUAUGAGCAUGAUGUAUUACAAGCAUCUAGAGCAAGUUGUUCUUCAGAAAUUGAUGAGUUUCCACAGGGAACAGCUGAGGUACAUUCUGAAUUACCAAGAGCUGACCUGCAAAAUGUUGAAAAUGACCACAUGAUACCGGCCUUUAUGCUUCCCUUCCAAGGAAGUUUGAUUUUUGAAGCAGAAUCAAUGGAAAUUACAUUGUUUCCUCAAGGUGAGUCUGUUGAGGCUGAGGUGAUUUAUGGAGAAGAGGAUGAUGAUAGCACUUCUGCAUCCCUUCUGCAUUCUCUGUCUGAGAAUUCCAUCAAUGAAGGGGUGGAUGAGUCCUUUGCUUACCAGGAUGACACAUCUGAGUCAUCAGAUUCAGCAUCUUAUGAUGGUGAAGAUGAUGAGAAACGGUACAGCACUGAGCAGUAUGCCGUAACAACUGAUUCUGUUCUAGAAACUACAGAGACCCAAGCUGAGCAUCAGCACAAUUCCUCUGUUUCAUGUGAGAGUGAAAUGGAGACAUCUUCAGAUUUAUCUGACACAGAUGAGGAAUGUGCAGUUUUUUCAGCUCUUGACACAGGGGUUGGUGAUUUGCCAAGUAGUAAAAAAAAUCCAACACACGAGGAGAAUCCCAAUUUUAAGAACCUUCAUGACAGUGCUAAUGAGAGUGAAGAAAAAGAAAACAAUAGCGAUGAAGAAAAAAAAGAAAACAAUGACUUAAACUUUGCUCAAUGCCUAACACUCAAAGAAUCUAAAGAGGUUUUGACCAGGCAAGAUAGUUCUAGUGAACUGGAAGACUCUAGCACCAGCAUGGCCACAGAGCCCAUUAGGAGGGCUCUGCCACUUACACCUGAAGUUCAAAAGGAAACUCAGUUUGCUACUUUAGUGGGCACAGUUCCAGUGGAAGAAAAAGAACAGACAUCAAGGUGGUCAGAUAGCCCAAUAGAACAACAAUCUUCAUCUUCAGAGAUAGAUGAGAUCCUCGGUGCUGGGAUCAAUAAUGUUGGUGAAUGUCUGAUUGCUUGUUUUGACACUGAUGAAGAGCUGGAUACUUUGCCAUCACUGAACACAAAUGCAGAAAGCAUAGGGGAAGAAAAGAGAGAACAAGAGCAGAGUGGUCGUCAGUCCUCUAUGGCCAUUAUGAACCCACAGAUGACCACAGUUCAAUAUUACAACUUUGGGUCAGGGGAGAAUUUAGCAUCCGAGUCAAUGAAUGAGCAUAAUUUACAGUCGGCUAUGAAAAGUGAGGCAUCAGCACAGUGCAAUGUGGAAGCAAUAGACAUAGCAACAUGUGAUGGAAUAUUGAACAUCACAGAGCUAGAAAAGCGAGAUACUGAGAUGGAGCAUAACUUGCCAGAACACCUCCAUGAAGAAAGGUUAGAAGACAACGCUGAGGGUGACUGCAUGUUUGUGUGCUAUGAUUCUGGUGAUGAUCAGGAGCUUGAGAUGACUCGACUUGACCGACAAUCUCUCAUUAGUCAGAUAUACAGACAACAAGAAGAAGCUGCUAUGACCAAAUCAUCCUACAGCACAAAUAAAAGAAAGCCUGCAGAAUUUGAGGGGGAGACACAGACAAUGCUAGCAUCCACUGAUCAAGGGGACUUUAAAGAAUAUUUGGAUGAUAACUCAGGUUAUCUUGUAGCUAGAACAGAGCAGGGUGUGAUGGACCAAGAAUUUAUCAUAGAGGGUGUAGGUUUCAAUAACUUGACUAAAUCUUCUCUUAUGAGUGAAAUGUCUGUUCAGUUAAAUACAAACAACAACAUUCUAGAGGAAAGAGAUAAUAUUCAAUAUACAGUAAAAAAUGAUACGUGUGUUAUCAGCGAACACAACUCGGAUGAAAUGCAUAUUACUAUAAAAGCUCAGGUAUGCCCUAGGGUCGCCAGAUCUUCUUCUCCAGAACAGACAACUUCAGCACUGGAAACAGAUAACUUUACUAAUGAUAAGUUGCAUAUGCCUGGAAAUGUCUUAGAACCUUUAGAGAAGCAGGGGUCAAAAACUAACCAACAGACUAAUUCAGGCACAUAUUCUUAUGUUUUUGAGGAAAGGAGUGAAAUAGUUCUGGAUAAUUUGAAGCAGGAUACCGUUGAAUAUGAAACUAAGGAAGGAAUUCAGAAAGAAGCUCUUGAGUGUCCAGAUUUGAAAGAGCCUCCAUAUGUUGAAGAUAAAAGUCAGUGUAGCAAACCUAUACAAAGCAAAGGGGGCAUCCAGAUCAUCCCUUACUCGAGUGACACUGAUAAUGCAUCACAUCUCAAGGUGGGAACAACAGCUACUUUGCAUCAGAGCAAUAUUUUAGAGGUAAAAGAAAAUUCUGAGCCUGAUCCUUAUUUGUAUGAUGUCAAGGCAGAAGAUGACUCAAAUAUUCACAACACUUCUCUAUUGGAAAGUAGAAUAACAACUGGUGAGCUGAAAAACAACCCUAAAACACAAGAAGAUCUUUACCAUACUGAUGGAGAUAUUUCUUUACAAAGUAGUAUGGGGCAUCUAGGAAGCCCAUACAACGAAUCUAUAAUAUCUGAUGAUACACUUGAAUGGGAAACGGGAACAGACAGCAGUAAGAGGUCUUCUGAAGAACAGCUACAUUCCAAUUCAGAACCGAAAAUGGCUGAAAAUUCUGAGGAUAAAGAGAAAGCUCUGGAACAGGUUUCUACAGAAAGUUCUUCAUUUAACAUUAGUCAGGUAGAAACCAAAAUAUGUAUAGAACAAUCUGAUAAGUUAACGACUGAUGAAUCAUGUAAAUCUUUUGAAGAUAACAUGUCAAAUGGCUUUAGCAACCGUGUUAUUGAUACACAGCGAGCAGCAGAUCAUGCCACUACAAUACCCGAUAAUCAAUUUAAAGAUUCUAAUAAGAAUCCAGAAAAGUCAUUAAGGUCCUCUUGUAACAAAAAUGAGGAACUGAAAAUCACUAGAGGAAAAACUUCAGAUAUAAGAUGUAUGGAUAAAGAGGAAAUAGGUGUAAAGGAAGCAAAGACCUCUCCAAAUCAUGUCAGCCCAGAUUCUGUAUGUGCCUUUGUACUGCCUACUGAAAUCAAUGAAACAUCUCAAGAAGAGUUGGUCAAUGACAUGACCAGACUCCUGCAGGGCUCCUUUGGUAAACUGGAGACUUUGGAUCUGAAUAACCGAUCUGGUUGUACUGAGACCAAUGUGUGCAAGUUUACAAGGACUUCUAGCAAUUUAAAAGGGAACAGUGAAUUAACAUCUUAUUUAUUAGGAGAUAUUAAGGUAAAUACUAGAUGCCACAUAGAUAAGACUUCCCAAGAGAAACAUAAUGAAACUCAAAGGGUGGAAACUGGUCCACAGAAGCAUACAAUGCCUGAAGAAAAAAAUCAUGAGAAGAACAUUCCAGAAACUGCUCUUUCAAAGGCUUCAGGUACGUUUUCCUCAAACGAAGGAAAAGUAAAGAAAGACAAAUUAAGUGAAUGUGUCAGGACAGUAGAAAACCCUUGUGUUGAAUCACAUAACAUAAACCAUUCACCAUAUUGCAAGACAGAAAUGCAAAAUGAGCCUAAAAGUGAGGUACAAAACAUUGUUAUUGAUACAGGUCCAAAUAAAGUAGCAAAUGAAAAUCUGACAUCAAAAUGUUACCUCACUAGGACACUGGACAACACAAAUAUCCGGGUAUCACCCCAUGUAGGGUUUAUGAACUCUACUCUUAAAAGUCCUCUGCAUGAAAACCUUCAGUCUGUGUUAGGAUCAGGCCCUACACAUAAAGCUUCAGAUACUGGGAAGUCUGUCACAUAUACAUGUUCGGCUGUAAGCAAAGUGUCUUCCUCAGCCACCUGUUCUGUGUCUGCAGGGUGUGCUCAGGAUAAAAAGGAGGUGGGACACCUUCCCACCAUAGAGAGGACAUCCAGGGGUCCAGAGCACACAUCAGCUAUACUGGAUACCAAGAUGUGUUCUACAGCAGUUCCUGACAUGAGUUCUAAGGUCUCUGAGUUGAGCACCGUGCUUGUUCCCACCAGCAAGUCUCCAGGAAAAAGCUGUUUCUCAAUGGCAAAAGAGCAGACAUGCAAGAAAAGCCAUCUCAGUUCUGUUCUUUCGGACCCCAGCUCCUCCAGUGAGAGCGAGCUGACUUCUCGGAGUCAUGAUAGGCAUCUGCUCAAAGAGACAUCGGCUGUUACACUCCUUGGCGUCAACAAGCCUAUGCUGAGGCAGAGAGGAUGUGAGACGCUCAGCCAUAGAGGAUCCUGUAAUGAUUCAGAGAGCAACGAUGAAUCUCUCCCUGACCUAGAAGAGCCAGAUCUGACAGAGGCACGCACGUCCUCACACCAGAACCAGUUGGCUCAUUGUGUAGGCUCUGGAGAGGAAUCUAUCAGCAAAGCCAAGCAAAGUCGCAGUGAAAAGAAGGCCAGGAAGGCUAUGUCCAAGCUGGGUCUUCGGCAGAUCCACGGAGUAACCAGAAUCACCAUCCGUAAGUCCAAGAACAUCCUGUUUGUGAUCACAAAGCCUGAUGUCUUCAAGAGUCCGGCAUCUGACAUCUACAUUGUGUUUGGAGAGGCCAAGAUUGAAGAUCUGUCACAGCAAGUUCACAAAGCAGCGGCGGAGAAGUUUAAAGUCCCCAUGGAGCACUCACCACUCAUUACUGAGAGCGCUCCUACGCUCACCAUAAAGGAGGAGAGUGAGGAAGAAGAGGAGGUGGAUGAAGCUGGGCUGGAGGUGCGAGAUAUUGAGCUGGUAAUGGCACAAGCCAAUGUAUCCAGAGCUAAAGCUGUGAGGGCGCUUCGGCACAACAACAAUGACAUAGUAAACGCUAUCAUGGAACUGACAAUGUAGCAGCUGGUUCAAUGACAAGACUAUAACGAUCAGGACCAGCCCUCCCCCGCCUCUCUCUGUAUAGAUGCACAUUUACUCAGAUUAACUUCAACUCUGUAUUAGAACUGCAUAUAUUACCUUCUAGUUUGCACAACUGAAGCUGCUCUAUAAAACCUGCCUGAAAAUCCCAAA